AUGGGACUAGGCUUGGGUCUGCGCACAGGACGGUGGGUGGGGGGCACUCUGCAACGCAGGGAGAGGGAAGGCGGGUGUCGCAGGUACAGACGAGGACAGGGAGACCCUGUCGCGGCUGAACACUUCUGUGCAUUUUCUUCACCUUUCUGUGCAUCGGGCUGCAUUCAGACAGCCUGCCAGCCGCCAGGUGAUCCACGGGCUGGGCUUCGCUUCUGCUGUCCCCUGCGAUCCAACUCCCCAGUGGCAGCGGCCGCCAGCCCCGCGUUCCUUCUACGCCUCCCGCUUCUGCUCCUGCUGUCCAGCUGGUGCAGGACCUGGCUGGCCGACCCUCACUCUCUUUGCUAUGACAUCACCGUCAUCCCUGAGUUCAGACCUGGACCACGGUGGUGUGCGGUUCAAGGCCAGGUGGAUAAAAAGACUUUUCUUCACUAUGAUUGUGGCAACAAGAGAGUCAUACCCAUCAGUCACCUGGGGAAGAAACUAAAUGUCACAAAGGCCUGGAAAGCACAGAACCCAGUACUGAGAGAGGUGGUAGACAUGCUCACAGAGCAACUACUUGACAUUCAGCUGGAGAAUUACAUACCCAGAGAACCCCUCACCCUGCAGGCCAGGAUGUCUUGUGAGCAGAAAGCCGAAGGACACAGCAGCGGAUCUUGGCAGUUCAGUUUCGAUGGACAGAUCUUCCUCCUCUUUGACUCAGAGAAGAGAAUGUGGACAACGGUUCAUCCUGGAGCCAGAAAGAUGAAAGAAAUGUGGGAGAAUGACAAGGAUGUGGCCAUGUCCUUCCAUUACAUCUCAAUGGGAGACUGCACAGGAUGGCUUGAGGACUUCUUGAUGGGCAUGGACAGCACCCUGGAGCCAAGUGCAGGAGCACCACCCACCAUGUCCUCAGGCACAGCCCAACCCAGGGCCACGGCCACCACCCUCAUCCUUUGCUGCCUCCUCAUCAUGUGUCUCCUCAUGUGCCCCAGGCACAGUCUGACCCAAAGCCAUGGCCACCACCCUCAGUCCCUGCAGCCUCCUCCUCAUCCUCCCCUGCUUCAUCCUACCUGGCUGCUGAGGAGAGUCCUUUGGAGUGACAGGAAAAACCAGGCCAUGCAGAGACAGGAGCUGAAGGGACAUGGUGAGAAGUGACCAGAAGACAAGAGUGUGAGCCCUCUGUCAUGCCCAGACAGGGCCAGUAGUGGGCUCCUCGGUCUAGCGGUAGCGCCAGUGCCUGGGAAGGCACCUGUUACUUAGCAGACCGGGAAAAGGAGUUUCCCUUUCCCCAGGUGAGUUAGAGAAGACUCUGCUCCACCACCUCUUGUGGAAGGCCUGACAUCAGUCAAGCCUGCCCGCAGCCAUCCGGAGGCCUAAACGUCUCCCUGUGAUGCUGUGCUUCAGGGUCACGCUCCUGGUCCACUUUCAUGUUCCGCCCUGUACACCUGGCUCCGCCUUCUAGAUAGUGGUAGCAGAAUUAGUGAAAGUAUUGAAGUCCGAGAAAUACAUAGAAGAAACAAUGACGUAAGCUGUCCUCUCUCUCUCCGCCUCAGCUACCAAAUAGCGAAGCACCCCUUGUCUGGUGGACACGUGACCCGCGUGACUUUACCUAUCAUUGGAGACGACUCACACUCCUUACCCUGUCCUCUUGCCUUGUAUACAAUAAAUAACAGCGCAGCCAGGUAUUCGGAGCCACUACAGUCUCCAUAUCUUGAUGGUUCCCUGGGCCCAGCUGUCUUUUCUUCCG